AUGUCAGCGGACGACCAGCAGUUUUUGGACGUUCUGUCCUCGCUGCCCAACAAGAUCCGGGGCUACUCCGACGACCUCGCCAACCUCAUCAACCCUACCGUCGAUAAGGCUGCACAGGCCGUACGAGAGACGCUCUCCUCCUCAGAAUGGCUGCCCGACUCGGUGCGGCCGAAGCCCCCCGUCCGCCAUAUUCCUAUUGAGGUGAUAGCUAUGAGCCGGUACGAGAGGUUGCACGGUUGGGUAAAGGAACACAAGCUGCUCACCGGUGCCAUCGUCGCCGUCGUGGGAGUCGUGGCAUACCGAUCAUACAGGAGUAGCAGGUUCUGCAAGAAGACGCGCCGGGCGAAACGGGCUAGGAACGGCGGCCGUCUCGAGGUUGUCGUUAUCGCUGGUUCACCGACACUACCUUUGACAAGGUCGCUAUCACUCGAUUUCGAGAGGAGAGGAUUCAUUGUUUACAUUGUCUGCAACGCCGAGGAGGAUGAGAGCAUGGUGCACAGCUUGGCAAGGCCCGACAUUCUGCCUUUGACCAUUGACACAACGGAUCCUCCCAGAGCUGGCGCUGCCAUCGACAGCUUCGCGCAGUACCUUCAAUCACCACACGCCCCGGUACCGCGGACGAGGCCCAACCAUCUCCAGCUCAAGUCCGUCAUCCUCAUCCCGUCGCUCAACUACCAAACGUCACCCAUCGCCACUAUCCCGCCCUCCAGCUUUGCAGACCUCUUCAACACCCACCUGCUCCACCCCAUCCUGACCAUCCAAGCCUUCCUGCCGCUCUUGACGACUCGCCUAAGCCCGCCUGGAGAGAAGUGGACGCCGCCAAAGGUUCUCGUCUUCACGCCGUCCAUCAUCUCCUCCGUCAACCCCCCCUUCCACGCCCCCGAGGCAACCGUCUCCUCCGCCCUAUCAGCUUUCACCGAGGUCUUGACGGCAGAGCUGCGACCCCUCGGCAUCCCCGUGACCCACAUGCAACUGGGCACCUUCGACUUCACCGGCUUCCAACCCGCCAAGCACACCCACCCUUCCCAGAGAGGUCUCCUCGAAGGCGGACCCGGCAUCGACGCCGACGCCACAGAGACCCUCAUGUGGCCCGAGAACGCCCGCCACGCCUACGGACGCAACUUUGUCAUGCAGAGCACCUCCGCCAUCUCGGCCGGCCGCAUCCGCGGUCUGAAGGGCAGCUCCCUCCGCCACCUCCACAACGCAGUCUUUGACGUCAUUGACGGGUCCAUCACCAGCGGCACCGUCCGCGUCGGUCUCGGCGCCAGCGUCUACGGCUUCGUCGGCCGCUGGGUGCCUCGCGGUCUCGUCUCGUGGAUGAUGGGCAUCCGCCGCGUGGACGAGCUGUCGGCGUGGCAGACCAGCUCUUAUGAUGGGUCGCUCGACGGUAGUGACAACGACGAGGGCCAGGAUUUUGUCGCUGUGCCUGAUGAGAAGUUGGAUAGCAACGUGUGGAAGUCGUCUUAG